AUGGAGUGGGAGGUCGACGAGAGAGAACUGAAAGCCGCCGGAGCUGAGCUGCUACCUGACGGACGGCGUGGAGUGCGUAUUCAUGGUUGGGAGAUCGAGUCUUUCAAGCGUCCCAUUCUCAACUCUCUCAGUCUUCAACAGUGGGAACAGAAGCUUCAGACAUCCCACUUGCCGGAGAUGAUUUUUGGGGACAGUUCUUUGGUUUGUAAGCAUGUGAAUAGUGGCAUUAGAGUUUAUUUUAAUACAUUUGAUGCUCUGGUUGGCUGGAAGCAGGAAGCAUUGCCACCGGUUGAAGUUCCUGCUGCAGCAGAAUGGAAAUUUAGAAGCAAACCUUCCCAACAGGUUAUACUGGAUUAUGACUAUACUUUCACAACCCCUUAUUGUGGAAGUCAAGCUCUUGAAAAAAAUUCAGAGCAUGGAAGAGGAGCAAUUUCUGAGGAUGGCAGCUGCAGUCUUCAUUGGGAGGACUGCAAAGAGCAAAUUGAUGUGGUUGCACUGGCAUCAAAAGAGCCUAUCCUCUUCUAUGAUGAGGUUGUGUUGUAUGAAGAUGAAUUGGCUGAUAAUGGAGUAUCACUUUUAACUGUCAAAGUGAGAGUCAUGCCUAGUUGUUGGUUCCUUCUCUUGCGUUUCUGGCUUAGAGUUGAUGGGGUACUUAUGAGAUUAAGGGAGACUCGUAUGCACUGUGUUUUCCGGGACAGUGCAAAACCCAUUAUUCUUCGAGAAAGCUGUUGGAGAGAAGCCACAUUUCAAGCGUUGUCUUCUAAAGGAUAUCCUUCUGAUUCUGCUGCAUAUAAUGAUCCAAGCAACAUCAGCCAAAGGCUUCCCAUCAUCAUGCAGAAGACCCAAAAGCUUAAGAUCCCUGAUAACCUGUAAGCUGUGACUGAUCCUUGUGAUUAUUAUGCCAUGAAGAAAAUUGUACUUAAUUUUAAUGGCAAAGAGCAAAAUUAUUCUAUGUUAUGGAGAGUUCAAUGGUGAUGCGUACAUUGUUGUGUUCCUUCAUCUCUUAGGUUCAAUUAUUUUGUCUGUCAAAUAACCUCAGAAGAGAGUUGAGGUGCAUUUUUGCACUAUAUGAUGACAAUUUAACAUGCCUAAUUUAGC